AUGACCCGACAUAUUCAAGUACUGAGCUGCAGCCGUCCUUCUUACGUUUCCUACAUUGGCUCUAUCGAGAAUCUAGAUCACACCGACCGCGUUUCUAGUGAAAGCACCAGAAUAAACGCGAAGGCUUCGACAGAGGUACCACCUCAUUUUGCGACAUUAAAAGGGAAUCUAAGCGCUACGGACACGCACUCGUACCCAUCCCAGACACCUUCGUUCUGGACCAGUGAAUCAACCCCAUUAGGAACGGGAACCGCAUUCGAAUCCACCAGCGCGAUGGAACGUCGACCUCGGUGUCCUAGUGAUUCACUUCAGUGCAGUCCUCCAUAUGCUGCUGUCACCAUGCAGCGAGACACACCUCGAAGUAUCGUUUCCUGGAUCAGCAACGUUGGCAGAAACCCUCAGAGGAACGUUCGAGUUUGCAGUCAGGAGCCUCGAGGUAGCAUGGCUGACAUUGUCGGUGAAACAUCCGCCAACCCGGACAACAGAACGAUGGUUCGAUCUCGUUCCGAGGAUAUCAUCAAGGGACACGAUGCACGCACACCUGCAAAGACCUCCAUAGAUUCCCCUAAGCCAUUGCUUUUUUAUGUUCGUAAAGCACAGGAACGUAUCAAGGCGCAACAACCGACACGUUGGCGACCAAAGGGCUAUGAGUCGUUGGUUGGAGAACUAAACGGGACUGGUUCUCGUUGCAUCACGCCUGUCGAGGAACAUAAGGUAGUGGAAAGAGUCGCCAAGACGGAAUGGCCACCGAGAGCGCCAUCACCUUCUCUACUCCCCGAUCCUGCAGAGGUUUUUGGCAAAUGCGAGAAUGUGUUUGGAAUAUCUGGAAAUAAAGGAAAAAUUUACGCUGAAUUUUCACCCUCAUCGUACUUUCAGUCGUGUGGACCAGCAAGUGAAAAUCGCGUCAUCCCGCCGUCCUCUGAUCGUCGCAAAGAAUCGGUAAUCGUGCCAAAACUCGACAUAAUGAGUAGCGAUUUGACCAAGUUUCUUCAACGCGAACAUACGUCUUUAUUACGACGUUAUAGAGACAGCAGCGAGUGGUUCCCGGAUGUAGCCGAGCCAGACCAAGAUACGCAUUAUGCCUCCGCAGGUUUGAAGGGCAUCGAUAUUCUGACGCUCGGAGACGCCAUGACGGCCGAACGUCCUAGACGAAGAACGAAGUCAUUGGGUGAUACUUUUGCCAGUGACGUCACAGCACCAGAGGUGAAGUGCCCUCGUCCAGUACGAGCGCAUUAUGAUUCAUUCCUAUCUGUGGAAGGUCAGCUCCUCCAAUUCCAUGUUGGAUUUAAAUGA